UAUUCCAGGACGAGGUGCAUACAGACGCGAGCGAGAGAAAGUGAGAGCAAGAACCGCUGCCAGGACACCGGGACACAACAAAACUUUAAGAAGUCAUCAUCUCUGCGAGACAGGUGAAGGGGCUGGAUGACUAUUGCCCUGGCCUGGCCUCGCUCCGCAUUUCUCGUCAGUCGCUCCACCAAAGAAGACGCCCAGAAAUGAAGACCACGACGAAGCCCUCGUCAGGCAUCUUCCUCCUCCUCGUGGUGUCCGUUCUCAGUGGGGAGGUCACUAAUCAGAGCAGUCCUGUCCUCGUGGGGAGGACUAGUCGCGCCGGCGGCGGCAGUGGAGGGGGUGUGGUGCGCUCGGAACGACAAGUAUUUCCAGGCGUGGUCGUGGGCUGGAUCCGAUCCUAUGCUCGACUUGUAGGGAGCGGCGAGGCGUGCGGCUUUGGGCAGGCGGGCUCCCUCGACCUCUGCGACUGGGCGCACUCCAACCUCUCCUCGCUCCACUUCGCCCUCUCCUCCGGCCUCAACGCCAACUGGCUCGGCGGACCUCCGGAGGACGGCAGUGACGACAAGGAAGGUGGCUAUGUGGUCUUUGAAACGUCUCAAAUUCCCAACAUCAGUGGACGCACGUCUCAAAGUGCAGUCCUGGAGGGUCCCCUACUCUCCCCCUCCAUGGCGGAUGGGUCUUGCCUCUCUUUCAAAUACGCGUUGGAUGGCUUAUCUCCAGAAAAAUUGCGUGUCCUCCUCCAUCCCGUGACGCAUCCGCCUGGGGGACGCUACAUCUUUGAUGGAACGUCACUCUCGAGGGAGAACGAGCAUGCAGCAGACGUCGUCCUCUGGGAGACGAGAGAUUCGACAGAUGGAGUCUGGCGGACGGCGGAGGUCGUCUACACAUCGCCGCACCCACACCAAAUCUAUUUGGAAGGGAUCCCCCGAGACGGGGCCCAGUUGACGAGAAGAUUCCGAGGCUACAUCGCCAUUGACAGCGUCAUGCUCAAGACGGCCACGACCUGUCCGGGUCACUGCAACUUUGACGGAGGAUUCUGUGACUGGACGAACGAACGAGAAGAUGACGACUUUGACUGGAAGUUGGGGCGUGGGAGUCAGAAUCCGAGUACAGGACCGGUCAUGGACAGGGCGAGUUAUACACAUGGGGGCAACUCGGGUGGAUAUGCGUAUAUCAGCUCCGAGUUUCCGAGAAGGUCAGGCGACAGGGCGAGGAUAUCGUCGAGGGAAUUUUCAUCCACGAAAGGGGACGAACCACUCUGCAUGAGAUUUUGGACCCACAUGUUUGGCAAUGGGAUUGGAACGCUGAGAGUUUUGCUGCACGAUGUGGAAAGUGGGGAGGAACGGGCCGCUUGGCAAUUGUCGGGGGAAGCGGGCAACGCUUGGUACCAGGGACAAGUACCAAUCUCGUCAUUUACAUCAUUCAAGAUCCUGUUUGAGGGUGAAGUCGGCCGCAACAACUUGGGUGACAUUGCCAUCGACGAUAUCUCAUUUUCUCCAGGACCAUGUCCAAGUGCCCCUCAAACGGCUGCGGGUCUCUCGGGUGACUGCACAUUUGAAAUUGACGAGUGCGGUUGGGCGAAUGUGGCCGGUCGGACGGAUGAGAUGGAUUGGGAACGAAGAUUGGGCAGCAAUGCUCGCACCCCAAUUUCUGACCAUACUCUGGGCGCUGCAACGGGGAAUUUCAUGACCCUCAGUGGCGUCAGUGUCCAGCGGGCUGGUGACCGGGCGUGGAUGAUGUCACCCGUCAUCAAUGGCUCCUCGAAACCAAAGUGCCUCUCUUUCUGGUAUCACAUGUACGAACCCUUCAUCGACUCGGGUGGCCCGUCACUCGGUGGACUCAAAGUUUACACCGUGGCUGCGCCCGGGUCAUCCGUGCAGAAUGACAUCGGCUCUUUCCAUCCACCCGUGAUGACCCCCAUUUGGCGACUGUACAAUCAACAAGCCCCCGUCUGGAAGUACGCUCAGGCACGAAUCAUGGAGCAGGAGCUCUUCCAAGUGGUAUUUGAGGGCGUGAGUGGCUCCUCGAGGGCGAACGGAUUCGUGGCCAUUGACGACAUCGCAUUUUUCGAGGGGGAUUGUACAACCGUCCCAAUGAGUGGAUACGUAAAUGCGGGCGAAUGUUCGUUCGAAAAGGAUUUGUGCACUUGGCGAAACACGUCGUCUGACCGAUCCUUCCGCUGGGAAAUGGCGACAAUCACUCGACGACCGGCAAACUUGCCCGACAAAACUUUUGGUGCUCCCGUUGGCUACGUUUACUUUGACAUUUUCUCCCAAACACAAUCACCCCCGGUUCGCCUCGUGUCCGCGAUGCCGUCCACGGGGGACCGGGUCUGCUUCUCGUUCUGGUACGCAGCCUUCGGCAAUGGAGAAACGACACAACUUCGCGUCCUCGUGGGUGAGGGGAGCAGCAGCAACCAGAAGGAGCCCUCGGCUGGGGACUCUGCGGCCGAGGGGGGUCGCCAAGUGUGGAAACUUACAGCCGCACACCUCAACACGGCACGUCCAGAAUGGAAACCUGCCCAAGUGGCGUUGGAUGGAAGUCGACCCCUCACCAUCAUUUUGGAAGGGAUGGCGAGCAAUGGGGGGUUCGCCGUGGAUGACAUUUCCUUUCAUCCAGGAGACUGUGCAGCCCGACCUAAAGAAGCAGCCUCCGCCUAAUAAUACAAUACCAGGAAACAAAAAAAUCUCAAAAUCAAAAUCAUUAUAAAAAUAUAACACAAUAAAAAUAAUCAUAAUUUUGGCCUCCAUUUAAUAUAA